AUGAUGAAGAAGAGAGAGAAUUGGUGGGGUUGCAACAACAACACUUUCCUCUUGUCUCUUGUACUGCUGCUAAGGCUCUUGUCUGUAUUGGAGGAAUCGCAGCAGUCGGUAGGGGCAGCAGUAUCUAAGCUAACAAGCAAUUACUUAAGAAGAAAAAGGAGAGAAAAUAUGCGACGUGAGGGGCCCCCCUCCCCCUUCAAUCGUUUAUUGGGCCCUGUAUUGCUGGAGGGUCCUGGAGCAGCAGAAGCAGCAGCAACAGCAGGAUCAGCAGCAGCAGCAGCAGCAGGAGCAGGAGCAGCAGGAGGGUCAACUUCAUCUAUUCUUUCUUUUUUUAGACCUAAAAAUAAAUUUAAAGAAAUAUUCACAAAUAAUGCAUUAGGGGAAAAAGGAAGUCUUACUGCCCUCUAUUUUACAGGGAAAGGAGUUGAACAAAUCUUACAGGCUAAGGGCUACGUACCAUUUACUCCUCGAUUAGAGAGUAUAGUUAGAGCAGCAAAACAAAACGGUAAAAAAUUAAAUGUUGUUUUUAUUUCUGCGGAUAAUUCUCCUAAUGAUGCUGCAGAUUUAUUUAAUACUAUGCCAUGGUACGCGGUUCCUUUUGAUGACGAGGAAGGUAGAUCUAUAACUCGUUCUUUAUAUAGGAAGUUUAGGGUUUCUUCUCUUCCUCAUAUAACUUUAUUAGAUGAACAAGGAAAGGUAGUAAACCCUCAGGCAUACACAGCACUACUAACAGACCCUCUAGGGUUUCCAUGGAAAAAAAAAUCUAUUCUCCAACUUAUUGGUAAUAAAUUACAAGACAAUAAAGGGCAACCUGUUGACCCUGCUGUAUUAAAAGGGAAGACGAUAGAAAAACUAAUUAAGGAUAUAGAUGAUGCAUUAGAUGUUAUUGCUGAGGAACCUGUUCUUCUUACUUUCCUUAAUAAUGCAGAUAAUCAACAACAACAACAAACCCUCAAGGCACUGGAGGAGGCUGCGGUGGCCUUAAAGGGAAGAAAGGACGGGGAGAGUGUUGGGCCCCUUCCUCAGUUCCUUUAA